AUGUCUCAACAAGAAUAUGAACAAUACACUCCGACAACGAAAAUUGAGUCUUAUGAGACCGAGUACAAGACAAUUGUUCAGCAGUAUAGAAAAUUUGUCCAAAAUCCUGAAAUUAAUCAAUCAGAAUGGGAAAAAUUUCUAAAAUCUGCUCAACUUCCAAGGCCAGACUUAGCGGUUCACGGACCAUUACUCGGAUCCGAACACGAUUAUCCAUACUAUUGGCUUGAAAACGACGGAAUUAUUACUAUUUACAUUUCUAUUCCAGAAGAUGAGCCCGUUGAAGUUACUUCUAAGCUCAUCAAAUCCAAAGCCAUUUCAGGCAACUUCUGGGAUGAAGUAGAUAUCAUUAAUUUCGAUAGAAAUCGUAUUAUGACUACAAUAAAAAUUCAAACGCAUACUCAUUUCCCAACCAUCAUUCGUGGGGGUGAUAGUAUUGAUUCUCUUUCAUCGUAUUUCCUCGGAAUGCUUGCGAUUUCUCUUAACAACAUCGAAUAUGGAAUCAAAUGGCUGACAAAAGCUGCUUUAGACGGCUGCACUACAGCUCCCCACUUCUUAGGAAGGUUCCUGAUAACGCAGAAGAGGACAAAUGAAGCUAUUUAUUGGUUAGCGAAUGCAGUUUUAUUAAAUAUAGACCAAAUAUGUAUGAUUUCGUUAGCAACACUUCUUAUAGAUGAAGGACUUCCUUUCCCGCACUACGAAUUAGCCGAAAACGUCUUAUGUGACGCAGCAUCUCACGGAGACAACGACGCAAUCGGCAAUUUGGCCAAGCUCUACCUCGUUGGUGGUGGCCCAAUCAAAGUUGAUGAGGUAAAAGGCAUGAAACUCAUGGAAAGUUUGGCAUCUAGUAUGGGAAUGGAUACAAACACGAUUAAAGUGGUCAGAAACACAAGUGAAAAGAUCGAACAAAUACAGAAAUCAGAAAACCAAGAAUCUCCUUGGGUAGAUAUCGCAAUCUCUGUCGGAAUCGUUGGCGCAGUGAUCGGAGCUGCUUACUUUGGUUUUAAGAAGUUCAUCAAACGCGCUUAA